ACAGAGUUAGUUACAUACUUACAUCUUCUUCUCCGACGAAACGAGACGACUGCGACUGGGUUGUUCUGAAACUCAGCGUCGAGCCUUCUUCAGUGGCCAUGGAUUCUGACGAUAGUUCAUCAGAUAAGAACGCUCCUUCUGGCUACGAAACUUCUUCUUCAACGGCCAAGGAUUCUUCUUCAGAUCCUUCAUCAGAAUCGAACGUUCCCUCUGUUGUACCUUCAGAUCCUUCAUCAGAUUCGACCGUUCCCUCAGAUCCUUUAUCAGCAUCGAACGUUCCCUCACGCGGCGAACCUUCUUCUUCAGCUCCCUUAACAUCUUCAGAUCCUUCAGCAGAACCCCAACAGAUCGAAAGGCGCAGCAUAAGUUCUGGAGGUAGCUCAGAAGAUGAAAGAGGUCCCUCAGGGUUAACCAAUGAUGAAUUGAUUUUUAAGGCUUUAGAAACAAUCUAUGAGGAUGGAACUGGUCUUGAUUUCGAUGACAUUUACAAUUUUAUCGAGGACAGGUUCGACGUAGUGGAUGAUUUUAGGGAGCAGUUGGAAGCCCAGCUGGAAGCUCUUGUUGCUGAAGGCCAAGUACAAAAGGUAGGAGACCGCUACAGGAUCCGCCCUGUUGAUUUUGAUAUUCCGACUCCAACACCAGCCAGGAGUGCAGAAGAGGCGACGAGCGCGAAGCCACUAUACACUUCCCCAAGUGCUUCUGCUACUUCCGUACCAAAACCACCAGAAGAAAAUCCUCAGAUAGACGCAGCAGUAAAAGAACUCGCAGAGGCAGAACAGUUGGAGCGUCAAGCAAAAGAGGCACAAGACCUUGCCUAUAAACACGAGCAGGUGCUAAAGUUUGAAAGCCAACUGAACCUGCAGCUAGCCGAAGAGAUCCUUAACCGAUGUGCUAAUGGUCAUAAGGUUUUCCUGCGGAAAAAAGCUUGAUCUUCUGGUCCGGUUCAAUGUGGAUGUAUUCCAUGACCGGUUUCUUCUUUAACAGUUUUUUUUGGCUUUGAGUACAAAAGAGUCUGUAGAAGAUAUGUGAUUUCAUUUUGACAAACUAAUCACUCUCUGUUACUUCGGUUUAGGCUAUUAUUGGUUGUAAAGGCAACAAACUAAUCUUUUACCUUUUCUUAAUAGAGCUUUUACAUACAAUAUUAUGCCAAUCUCAAGAACUGAAAUUAGUUUUCCUAUGGGCCAAUUACAGAAAUGGAAAGUGUGAUCAAGUAAUUUUAACGGUCGUGAUUAGUUUUAUAUACGGUUAUGAGAGCUAAAUUUUAAUAGUGGGCCUCAUUGCAAGCCCAUUAUAAUGGUGUGGGGGCUUUAGGGACUCAAUGACCUUAAUUCUCUCUGUCUCUC